CGACCCCCCUCCCUCCUCUCCUUCCAGGUGGCCGCCCGCCCAAUAUCCUCCCUGCUCCUUGCUCCUUGCUCGGUUAUCUACCUCUUGACCCCGAGCCUUCUUCCUCCUCUCCCCUCCCUCGCGCCAUCGCCACCAUAUUGUGCACGCGCGCUUGACCAGCCCAGGCCUCCCCAUGUCGGAGCUCCAACCGUGUCGAUCCAUGGGGAGGCCGAGCUGUGCGCCGGCUGCGCUGCUGCUGCUGCUGCUCGUCACCUUCAGUCUCAGCCUUGGCACCUGCAGCUCCGAUGCUCAGCGAGGAAGGGUGAACAACUGGGAGGAAGAUGCACGCCCCGCAGACCGGCAGGAUAUCCAAGCGGUACACAUCCGAGAAGCUCUGCCACAACCAACCAGGUACAGGUCCAAGCAGUCGACGACGUUCCCGCAGUGGCCACCCUGGCCAUGGGCACCGGCACCGACGCCGACGACGAGUUCUCCGGCGUUGCAGGAUGCUGGCUCCCCAUCAAGCGCCCCCGCGCCGUCGCCGGAGGUCGCCAAGCCUCUGGCGGUGCCGCCUCGGGAUGUCGAGAAGCCUGCGCACAGCAUCACGGUGCCACCGACGUCAGCCACGGUGGUGACCCACGGCGCUGCGGCGGUCGGAGAAGCUUCCACUGAUGCGGCGGAGCAUGCUCCUACCAGGCGGCGUAUCUAUGUCAUCGCCGGAGCAGGAGCUUGCCUCCUUGUGGCCAUUUCUGCGGCACUGUUCAUCCUGUGCUACCGGUCCAGCAAGGUGGUCACCGUCAGGCCGUGGGCGACUGGCCUCAGCGGGCAGCUGCAGAAAGCGUUCGUGACAGGCGUGCCGGCGCUCAAGAGGUCGGAGCUCCAGGCGGCCUGCGAAGAUUUCAGCAACGUCAUCGGCUGCCUGUCUGACUACAUGAUGUACAAAGGGACGCUGUCGAGCGGCGUCGAGAUCGCCGUCAUAUCGACGACGAAGAAGUCCGGCAAGGAGUGGUCCAAGCACUGCGAAGCGCGGUUCAGGAAAAAGAUAACAAGCCUGUCCAGAGUUAACCACAAGAACUUUGUGAACCUGCUGGGCUACUGCCAGGAAGAGCAGCCAUUCACAAGGAUGAUGGUGUUCGAGUAUGCUCCCAACGGCACACUCUUCGACCAUCUCCAUGUGAGGGAAGACGGUCACCUGGACUGGCCGACGCGGCUGCGAGUGGCGGUGGGGAUCGCCUACUGCCUGGAGCACAUGCACCAGCUGAGCCCGCCGGAGAUCCUGAAGACGCUCGACACGUCCACCGUGUACCUGACCGACGACUUCGCGGCCAAGAUCGCGGACGUCUUCUUCUGCUCCGACGAUGCCGAUGCCUCGUCGACAAGGGCGGAGAUGGCGAGCCUGCAGUCCCUCCUGGCUCUGUCCGACAGGGAGAGCGUCGUGUACAGCUACGGCAUGGUGCUGCUGGAGAUCAUGUCCGGCAGGUUCACGGCGUCGGCCGGCGGCCUGCUGGAGGGCUGGGCGGCGAGCUUCCUCCGAGGGGAGAGGCAGCUGAGGGACGUGAUGGACCCUGGCCUGAGCUGGAACGCGCCCCGCCAGGCCGAGACCGUCAACAGGCUGGACGGCGUGAUUCGGUCCUGCACCGACCGGGAGGCGAGGCGGCGACCCGCGAUGUCAGAGGUGGCGAGGCGGCUGAGGGAGAUCACGGCCAUGCCGCCGGACGCCGCCACCCCCAAGGUGUCGCCGCUGUGGUGGGCGGAACUGGAGAUCAUCUCCACCGAGGCCACCUGAAGAUGGCACCCGAGCUGCACCCUGAUGGAGCAUAGCAUACAAGUUUGCUACAGUGAGUUCGUACACGAACAGUUGGAAUCGCAGUGUGUGCAAGUGGUGUAGCAUAGUGUGACGAAGUUGUGCGUGUAUUUUCGCUUCACUAAAGACCUUUGUAGUUUGUCAAGAUUUUGUAACCAGACUACACAACACCCUGCA